GAAAUAAAACACCCUGGUAUUUAUCAUCAGUUUCGGGUUCAGGUACAUUCACAAAUUAUGAUAAUAAUGAUUGGAAGCCAUAUCAGAUAAUAGAUCAUGAGGUGACACCAAAUCGACAAAUUACAACAUACAAUCAAAAUAGCGCACCACAACAACUAUUGGUAUAA